AUGGCAUCGGGAGGCCUGAAACAUUCUCGAUUUGGCGCCGCCAUUUAUCCCAAGAGGUGCCCGUUUGCCGGCGGUUUUAGGUUCCACAACACCAACUUAAUCUCGACGCCUUUUGCGCUCCUCGAUCUUCAGAGAUACAAGACAAAGUCCCAAGGGAGUCUGGGGCUCAUGGCACACGCCACUGACGCUGCGCAGGGCAAGCAGCUAGUCGGCCUCUUCAAGGAGGCGCAGGCAGCGUACCGAGACCGCCGAGAAGCUGGGAAGGCCGAACGCGCCGAACGCGCCGGGAUUCGGCGGGCCCAGACUUUUGAUGUGGCACCACGCGCGGAUUCGUACUUCGACAACUACGACUACGGCGCCGGGGUUCCAGACGACGGGUCCGGUCGUCGGCUGUCCUACGAUGACGAUGCUCGCUCGCAAGCCUCGUCCCGCCAUAGCCGCACAUCCCGGCGAUCGCGCCGCCCCCGUUCCCCAGACCGACCGCUUGCGCUCACCGAGGGCAACCUAAAAACGCACUCCGAAGUAUCAGCUACAGCCCCAUCCAAGGUUCAUCGAGCACCAUCCGUCGCGGGUGCGCCUCGGGACUUGGCCCUCGCCAUCCGGGCGCCGCCCCCACCCGAGUCGGCCCCGCCGUCAUCAGCAACCCCACCUGAGCGUCGCCAGAUCAUCCACCGCCCGCGCUCUGACCUCGGCGUGGUGAAAAAGAAGUCAAUCGAUAUGAACCUCGCCUACGGUGACAUUCCGCCCGACCUCGAGUCCCGCGUUGACCUCGACCCUGUUCACAGCGAUGGGGGAAGGGAAACCGUUGCGUUCGAGUCGGACGAUCCCCAGGCGGCUGAAGCAAUAACCUUGAUGGACCGUAUCGAGGAAUACCUCGAAGAAGCGCAUUGCGUGCAGCACACUGCAUCGUCCAUGAUCGAGAAUCUGCAGCGCAACCCGGAGGCCGCGGCUGCUGUCGCCCUCUCUCUCGCGGAGCUGAGUACCCUAAUCGGCAAGAUGAGCCCCGGCUUUCUGGCUUUUCUCAAAGGCGGCAGCCCCGCCGUAUUUGCCCUGCUCGCGAGCCCCCAGUUCCUUAUCGGCGCCGGCGUAGCCGUGGGUGUCACGGUCGUCAUGUUUGGCGGGUGGAAGAUCGUGAAGCGCCUCGGAGCCACGGCCGGCCCAACCAGGACACUCGAGACGCCGUUCGAGAUGCGCCCCAUGUCUGUCCCUGCUGCCCCUGCCCCCGCCCCUGCAGCCAUGCAGGAGAAGGCGCUGCCUCCAGUACCUGGCCCCGCCCCGAGUGCCGCCAGCUAUGACGAGGCACUUGUGUUGCGCGAGGUUGAGGAGCUGAGCUCCAUCGAAUCGUGGCGCCGUGGCAUCAUGACCGGCCUCGAGGAUGAGUCGGCCGAGGUCGAGCUCAUGAGCCGCGAGGCCGAGCGCGCUCUGAAGGAGAGGCACAACCUGGAUCUGCCCGACGAGGUCGAACCGUGCGACUCCGUCUCGCAGGUCAGCCGGGCCCCUCGCGAGCGGUUGAGUCGGUCUCAUCGCAGCUCCCGCAGCAGCGCCGGCCGCAGCCACCGUGAAAGGGACGGAGAGACGCAGGUCUCGGAGCGGCGACGCAGCUCUGGCAAGAAGGACAGAGACGGCGGCGCGAGCGAGGCGGGCAGCGAGCGGAGCCACCGCAGCAGCCGCAGCAGCCGCAGUCACGAGGGAUCCUCGGUAUCGCGUUCAUCGAAGCAUUCCAGGAUCACUCUUAAGGUUAUCGAGGAGGGUGACGACGACUCGGCCAGCGCGGCUGGGAAGCCGAAGGAGAAGAAGCGAGACAUGAUCAAGCAGCUGUUCAAGAUGAAGAAGGACAAGGAUGACCGCGACCGCGCUGUUUCGGUGAUGGUUUGA